AUGUUACCUUCGAAUGGCUCCUUGACCCCUCAGCCAGGCUACAAAGAUCGAAAUGAAAUAGACUCAUCUUCCUUAAUGUCGAGGCGGGCAAGGCUAUCAGAACCAUCAACAUCAUCCUCCAAUGUUGUAAGAAAUUUGAUAAUGCAUACGAAAUAGAUGCACAUAAAAGAAUAAAAUGCAAAUUCCAGCAUCCCGGGCAUCACAGGGACAAACUGGAUUUAAUCCGAGAUUCCCUUAAGCCUUUCGAACAGAAUCUAGAGCCAGGGUACAAUGUGUCCUGCAAUGUGCAUAGUAAUCAUUAUCUUGGCCCGGCAACAUCAGCCCCGUUGUUUCAAGUUGAGCGGGUUGAUGAUAACCAUCGAAUUAUGAUAAAUGCCUUGACGCAAGGUGGAUAUGAUCCAGUAAGUGAUUCAAUUCUUUUUGUUAAAAACGUUUAGGAAUCUGCUUAUUAUGCUCUCAAACUUGUAAACUUCCGGAGUGUCACUGAUGCGGCAAAAGUUCUCACAGAUCUGAAGCAGGUAAUGUCUUGCCUUCCUUACUAACAAUAAGUUGUUUUAGAAAAUAUUUUUAAAUGGAAGUGCCAAUCUUCCUUCUUGUUCGUAUCCCCAGACGGGAACAAAACCUUCCCCGCCAUAUUAUUUGUCAUCAACCAAGUCGCUGCCAACGACUAACGAAAAGGUCCUCUCCGUCAAUGGAUUCGAACCCUUUAACUACGAACCCAAUGGUAAUAGUAGAAAUUAUUGUAAAGUGGAAACAUCAAACACACGUAGAGAUAUGUAAGUUCAGUCAGCAGAUACGACGAUUGUGCUUUUAGAGAAUAUCCAAACAUAUAUUCCGAGGAAGAUUACAGAACCAGGGAUUCAGAGGCCGUUCCCAUUAUCCGUUCGAGAUUAAAUAAACCCCGCUCUUACCUUAUGUAUCCAUAUGAUAUAUCCCCUCAAUUGCCAUCGCCUUCUUAUAAAUGUCCAGACGUCCAACAGAUGAUUACCCAGACUUCUAAUAUCAAAUUGGUAGAAAAAGAGAGUUCGAAAAAGCGAUCCGUCUCUCCAUUACCGUAUUCCGUUAGCACGAAAUUGAGGAAGAAUUGUUACGAAAAGACCCUCAAGCCCUGCAAACCAGCAAUGUUUCGAUUUUUUAUGGAACAACACACUGAGAAACUGAUCCAACAAUGGAAGGAAAGGAAUCAGAGAGCUUUGCAGGUAUCUCAUAAUUGCGGAAUAUUUCCUAUAAUUUACAGUUGUCAAGAGACAUGGAAGCAGUCAACUUUUCUGAAAACAUGAGAGAAAAAAUGGUCAGGUUCCUCAGACAAAAAGAAUCCCGGUAUAUCAGACUUCGACGACAAAAAAUGAACAAAAGUAUGUUUGAGUUGAUCAGACAUAUUGGAGUUGGCGCUUUUGGAAAGGUUACCUUGGUUAAGAAUGUAAGCUGAUACUGUCUAACUUGCAUGAUUGGUUUUUAGAAAGAGACGGGUGAGAUUUAUGCCAUGAAGACGUUGUCGAAAGAAGACGUCAUCCAGAAACAACAGGCUGCCCAUGUGAAAGCAGAACGGGACAUCUUGGCCGAGGCUAACAGCGAUUGGAUUGUCAAGUUGUUCUUCUCCUUCCAGGACUCCCAGAACCUGUAUUUUGUAAUGGAAUAUGUUCCCGGAGGCGAUUUAAUGCAACUUUUGAUCCAGAAAGGCAUCUUCACUGAAUCCCUUGCACGGUAAAUGAAGAAAUGAAUUAAUCAUUCCUCUAUAGAACGUACACAGCCGAAUUAACUUGUGCUUUGGAAUAUGUUCAUAACCUCGGAUUUAUUCAUCGUGACAUCAAACCGGAUAAUAUCCUGAUCGACAAGGAAGGACAUAUAAAAUUAACGGACUUUGGGCUCUGCACCGGACUCAGAUGGACUCACGACAAACGGUAAUGCAAACAAAAAAGUCACAUUUUUGUUUAUAGACAUUAUAUAAGUUAUGAUGAACCGAAUGGGAUUGGAACCCUCCAUAACAGAGAUGAUUCCCUCAAUUCGAAUAUCGUCCCUGGUCGACAGAAACCCAAGUUGUUAGAAUAUCGGCAACAUAAGAAGAGGAAUCAAGCCAAUUCCAUGGUUGGGACUGGAAAUUAUAUGGCUCCAGAAGUGAUCGAGAGGACGGGCCAUACACAGUUGUGUGAUUGGUGGUCAGUGGGGGUGAUCUUAUACGAAAUGGUGUUUGGAAGACCUCCAUUUUUGUCGGAUACAGACAAUCCGAUGGACACUCAACACAUGGUAAUUGGACCCGAUUUCAAGCAAGAUAUAUAAUUCUGUUUAGAUAGUGAAUUGGAAACGGUAUCUCGACUUGCGAAACCCGAGGUUGACCCGAGAAUGCAUAGAUAUCAUUGCUUGGUUAUGUUGUGAACAGAACAACCGAUUGGGAAAAAACGGGGCUCUCGAGGUCAAAGGACAUCCUUGGUUCAAAACAGUCCAGAUUGUAAGUUGUCGUUUAUCAUGCAUUCAUUAUCUAUUCGUUUUCAGAAUGGAAUUUCCCUGCCGCCCAUUGACUUUGCCCGCCUCAGACAGAUGCGUCCCGAGUUCGUUCCGCGAGUUGAGCACGCUGAAGACACCUCCAAUUUCGAUACCUUCGAAGUAAAUUCAGAAGAAAUCUUCAAAGAAGGCGAUACUGGGAAUGCCUACAACCCGGCGUUCUUUGACUUUACAUUUCGUCAUUUCUUUGCCAGUGAUGGAAUCAGCAAAGGUCUUCCGCUUCCUCCCACAAGUCGUUCCCAACAACGGCCAAGUCUCGCCAAUCUUCUUCGAAAUUCAGAAACUCAAAACGGAAAAGUCGGAAGCAAUGAUUCUGAACGAAUCAAUCCCCAUAUUCCUCAUCCAAUAUUCAACAAACCCUCGAGGAAUGGGCCCAGUUCCCAGCAGACAGCCCUCUAUUCCACCUACAUGAACAGCUCGUCAAGUACUACAAGGUCGAUUCAGAAGUAUGACACGCCUCAAGAAGCCGAUGAGGAUGACAUGACCAAGCGAUGA